GGUGCGAAGACUUAGGAAGAACUUAGAUUAACAAUUCAAGGCUUCUAGAUGUCGGAGCGGAAGGUGAAGUCGAGUUUCAAAGAGCCAAUUGGGGAUAAGGAUAUUCUUCAGCGGCCGAUAGUUGGCAAUCGCAAGUACCAAGGCGUGAAGGCGGUUGUAGAGACGGGAUACACGGCCGAGGUCGCGGAGUACAUCCACAGCCAGACGGUCCGGCUAAAGCGGCAGCCUGGAGAGCUCUUCCAGCGUCUCCGCACGAGCACGGUAGCAAACAACCUGCGCAGGCAGCAGCUGCCUUCAUUUUUGCCUCCGAUGGCGGAUGGCGGCUAUGCUAGGCCGAUGGAUGAGUACGGCGGCACCUCGGCUGGGAUUCUAGCCGGCGUUGAUAAAAAAUACGACAAGGUCGACCUUCUGCUGUUAGACUGCCGCAGCGUUGAGGAGUAUGAGAAAUGCCAUAUUCUUGGCGCCCUUCACUACCCGAGGAUACAUUUGAACCACUCGAUGCGUCCAUUCCUGCCGGAGAUGUACGCCUACAAGAAUAAGAUUGGAAAGUAUAUUGUGGUGUACGACUUUGACGAGUCGAUCGCGGUGGAGAUUUCGAAUAUAUUAUGUGAAAAAGGCAUCGACAAUAUUGGCAUGAUCGCCGGCGGGCUGCAGGAGUUUCUGUAUGACUAUAGUAGUCUAAUUACUGGCGAGCCCCCCAUGUUGAUAAUGCCCCGGGAUAUCGCACUGCAGCGUCGGGCGGAUCAGAUCACCUUGGCUCGUAGCGAGGCGAGAAGUAUGAUGUCUCAUAAGCCGAAGAGUUUGUCCAAUAGUCUGGCCAAGCUACGUAUACGACGGCUAUAAGAUCCAUCCCACGCUUUGUUUUCCCUCCAAGCGCAAGGUUUGGAUGGGAGAGGAGAGGAUUGUAAAUUGAUGCCGCGUUACUUCUUCGAUUGUGAGCGUUGUCAUGUAGGUAGAAGUGCUUAGUGGAAUAAGCUUACAUGACUAAGUGUAAAGUCACUGUGAGAGUAUUUUGUGUAAAUUUCUUUCAUUUUUAUAUUAGAUACACAGGCAUUUUCGGUUUCGAUCUCCAGAGCUGAUGUCUAACUGAGUUGCAACAUUGCAAAUCCUGUUAUUCUUUUGUAGAUGAGUUAGGUCGCUUUAGCAGUUAUUUUUCCCUACGCCUUCUCAGGCUUGCUUUAUUUGUGGGGAAAAGACAUGCAAAAUCACCCGUAUGUACGUGCUUUAUUGUGGGGAAGGUGAUAAUAAGCUUCUACCCAUAGCAUCAUUGCUUAUAUACUAAUAACUUCUACAUUAUUUUAAGAGUGCUUACUUUGUGUGUAAUGUUCUACAACAUGAUGUG